AUGCCCUACCCACGUCCUGCGCACACUAUUGAGCUCACCAUCGGCCAUGUCCUUACAGACUCCCAGUUUGAAGAACUCGAAGACCUUACGUUCUUGCACUUUGAAGGCGACGCCGAAGCCUGGCCAAUCUCCCUGAAAAUCGUCUCCGAAUUCAACCAAACCACCCUCAUCCCCGCCCCUCCCCCAAUCCCUGCCUCCCCCUCGUCCUCCAUAUCAUCCACCGGCUCUCGAUCCCCCUCCGACUCUGGUUCACCUCCCCCUCCUGCUUCAGGGGGAGGAGGCGAUUUGGAACCGGUGGUGAAUAAGAAGACGACAACGAUUAGUGUGGCUGUUUCGAGAGAGUGGGAUCCGGCGAGUGAGGAGGCUGUGAGGACGAUUGUGAGGAAUAUAUUGAUGGAGAUUAUGGGUGGGGGAAUCACUGUUAAACAGUCCUAG